AUGUCAAGAAGCAGGACCCCGGAAAGCAGCUUAGGCUCUAUGAAUCGUAUUAACUUCGAAGGAAGCAAUGCUGGGGCAACAAUGUUCAUCCGUCGUGGCACACCAGACGAGCAAACCGAAGGUUGUUGCUGCGUCAACAUUUAUACCAACAGCAACGUCCAAGGGACAAACUCUUCUGUUUUGCUGGGGAGUAAUAUAAAAAUGAAGAAUCCUGGGGUUCAUCUCUACUUCGGAGAUCUAAAGUUGGGCGAAGAAACUGCAACUCCAACAUCAAUUUCCAGGAGGGCAGCCGGUGCCACAUUAGAGUUUGGUACCCUGUUUUUGCCAGUGUUCAUUCUACUCAUUUUAUUGCUGUGGCUAUAUUCAUUGCUACAACUGUAG